CAUUCGCUCGCCUGUUCGGUGCACAGAGGAGCCAGUUCCCGAGCCGCGCCAGCCGAGCCAGCUGGGCGCCGUGCUGGGUCCGCUCGCCGCGCCCGAGAGAGCUGCCCCAGACAGAGCCAGCCUGCCGGCGCCGAGCUGCCGAGAGCCCGGCCCCGAAGCCCCUGAGUGCGGCGUGGCGAACCCCGGAGGCGGCAGAAGGACCCGAGCGCCAGGAGAGGGCGGACGGGGGACAAGGAGGCUCCCAGGCGCGACGAGGAGAGUCUCGGAGGAGGAGGCGGCGUGAGGACACCGGGGCCUCCUGCUGCUAUAGCCGGGUUGAGGCGAGCAGCCCUUACGGAGAGCCCAGCCGUCAGCCGCGGCCAGGGGAGGGGGCGCCGGCGGCCCCCGAACUAGACAGCAUCUUGCGCUCUGGAGGGCGAGAGCGCGCGACCCGCCAGGGGCCAGCCGCCGCUGCCGCGCCGCCCUCCCCCGCGCUGUCAGCCCCGCCGGGCGCAGCCGCCGCCGCAGCAUCUUCUGCCCCUGCGGCCCCGCCACCCCGAGGAAGUCCGGAGCGCCUGGGAGCGAAGGAGGAAAGACCAGAGACUCCCCUGAAACACCUAUAUGCGGAGGAGUGAAGCAGUCUAGCCAAAGCUUUCUGUGGAUUAAAAAUACAUAGUUUUUUUUUCUUUUGGCAGAAGAAAAGGAGAGGAAGACCAGCGGGGAUCUGCAAGGGAAAAAGGGGGAUGUAACUUGUGGAUACGUUGUUUCCACCCCUCAAACGUCUUCUUCUACUUUGUAAACAUUUUCUUUUUUUAAACCCCAGUUCCAGUCGGACGGCCCCCGACCUCCAGGGUGGGAGGAGGUGGUGUUUUUCAUUUUGAGCUUUGCAUAUUUGGUUCUUAGAUUUUGAGAGAGCCUUCUUAUUUCGCCAGACGUCUCAUGCAGGGUGAAGUCCACUCGGCCCCCUCCCCCGAGUCUUCGUGUGCACGGAAUUUGAGGAGAUCCGGUUACUAAGGAUAUAGAGGAAAAAAAUAAAUCGCGUGCCUGCUUUUUUUUUAAUUGCCUGCUUCUCCCCACCCCCAAAUUAAGUUGCUUAGCAAGGGGGAAAGAGGCUUUUUCCUCCCUCCACCAGCUCCGUCCAACGCCUUUCGUUUUUUGCCCCCGCUGGUCUUCCAUGUAGGAAGCCGAGGCUGGCGAGCCCGACACUCGGGAGCCACUGCGGGGGGGCCUCUUUUUGGGGAGGCGCCGACCUGGGCAGGCUCUGCCGACCCCAGGGAAGCGGCGGCCGCCUUCCUCCGGGGUGCGCCGGGGCCCGAGAGCGGCGCACGGCGCGGGCCGCGCGGGGUGGGGCAGCCGGAGCGCGGGCCCCCGAGCCCCGGCGGGCGCCUCCGGGCCCCCGUGCGCGUCCCGGCCUCCGGGAGACUGGCGCAUGCCACGGAGCGCCCUUCGGGCCGCCGCCGCUCCUGCCCGGGCCCCUGUUGUUGCUGUUGUCGCCUGCGCCUGCUGCCCCAACUCGGCACCCGACUUCUUCAUGGUGUGCGGAGGUCAUGUUCGCUCCUUAGCCGGCAAACGACUUUUCUCCUCGCCUCCUCGCCCCGCAUGUUCAGGACCAAACGAUCUGCGCUCGUCCGGCGUCUCUGGAGGAGCCGUGCGCCCGGCGGCGAGGACGAGGAGGAGGGCGCGGGGGGAGGCGGCGGAGGCGGCGAGCUGCGGGGAGAGGGGGCGACGGACGGCCGGGCACAUGGGGCCGGUGGCGGCGGCGCAAGCAGGUCUGGCUGUUGCCUGGGGAAGGCGGCCCGAGGUGCCAAAGGUCACCAUCCCCAUCCCCCAGCGGGGGGCACCGGUGCGGCCGGGGGCGCCGAGGCGGAUCUGAAGGCGCUCACACACUCGGUGCUUAAGAAACUGAAGGAACGGCAGCUGGAGCUGCUGCUCCAGGCCGUGGAGUCCCGCGGCGGUACGCGCACCGCGUGCCUCUUGCUGCCGGGCCGCCUGGACUGCAGGUUGGGCCUGGGGGCGCCCGCUGGCUCGCAGCCCGCCCAGCCGCCCUCGUCCUACUCGCUCCCUCUCCUGCUGUGCAAAGUGUUCAGGUGGCCGGAUCUCAGGCAUUCCUCGGAAGUCAAGAGGCUGUGUUGCUGUGAAUCUUACGGGAAGAUCAACCCCGAGCUGGUGUGCUGCAACCCCCAUCACCUUAGCAGACUCUGCGAACUAGAGUCUCCCCCUCCUCCUUACUCCAGAUACCCGAUGGAUUUUCUCAAACCAACUGCAGACUGUCCAGAUGCUGUGCCUUCCUCCGCUGAAACAGGGGGAAUGAAUUAUCUGGCCCCUGGGGGGCUUUCAGAUUCCCAACUUCUCCUGGAGCCUGGGGAUCGGUCACACUGGUGCGUGGUGGCAUACUGGGAGGAGAAGACACGAGUGGGGAGGCUCUACUGUGUCCAGGAGCCCUCCCUGGACAUCUUCUAUGAUCUACCUCAGGGGAAUGGCUUUUGCCUCGGACAGCUCAAUUCGGACAACAAGAGUCAGCUGGUGCAGAAAGUGCGGAGCAAAAUCGGCUGUGGCAUCCAGCUCACGCGGGAAGUGGACGGCGUGUGGGUGUACAACCGCAGCAGUUACCCCAUCUUCAUCAAGUCAGCCACACUGGACAACCCGGACUCCAGGACGCUGUUGGUGCACAAAGUGUUCCCCGGCUUCUCCAUCAAGGCUUUCGACUACGAGAAGGCGUACAGCCUGCAGCGGCCCAACGACCACGAGUUCAUGCAGCAGCCGUGGACUGGCUUCACUGUGCAGAUCAGCUUCGUGAAGGGCUGGGGCCAGUGCUACACCCGCCAGUUCAUCAGCAGCUGCCCGUGCUGGCUGGAGGUCAUCUUCAACAGCCGGUAGCCGCCUGGGGAGAGGACAGAGCGUGAGCUGAGCGGGCCCAGUCCAAACUACUUUGCUGCUAAUAUUUUCCUCCCGAGUGCUUGCUUUUCAUGCAAAACUCUUUGGUCAUUUUUUUUCUUUCUUGUCAUUUUGUUUAUGUUCUGUUUUGUGUUGUUUUUGUUUAUGAGAAAUAGCUUAUGAAAAGAAUUGUUGGGGUCUUUUUUGUGGGGGGUCAUAGGGUUGGCAGGACACCCCUAGCCCCACCCCCAUAUGAAAAGGGGAAAUAAAAAUCGGUCCCACCAAACAGUGUAUGAAUGGGGAACAGGCCCUAACUUUGAGGUCAUCAGUUCACUUGUCAGGGUGGAUGUGUGAGCGAUUGUGUGUGUGCGUGUGUGUGUGAACACAGGUGCCCCCCCCCCCCCGC